CUGAGUUUGGGUUUGUUACAGUUUAGAUGUCAGUGGCAAAGACUGGCCCACCUAUGCUGUGUGAAACAAUCAGAAGGGGGAAAGUGUUUGGCAUACUUUGUGAUCGGAGGGAAGGCAGUUGCCAGUGUUGUCCCCUUCCAUGGUAUGAGGUAUGGCAGUCCAGAGAGGGAUGCAGAACAUACAGGGAUGCAGAGAAACCUGAAGUGACCAAAUGACAGUCAAAAUCAGGCACUUUUGUUCCAUCGGAGACUAACAUGGCGUGCUAGGUGGGAUGCAAUAUUGUGUGGGUUUGGCUACCAUCACAUAUCAAGGAGUCUUAGACAACUUCAACUUCCCUCUGCCCUCCCCGCAGAGAAAAAGAUGAGCCAAUCAGAAAACUGGGUGUGUCCACAGUCCCCACUGCUUCUCUCCAUCAGAAGCAGCUGCCUGACUGAAAGGAGAAGUGGAAGGGAAGAAGAAAUCAGAACAGAGGACAGAGAGGCUCUCAUCUUCGACUAAGGCACGCUGCCUCUGUUUGUAUACAGCACGCUUUCCAGCCUUUUUCCAGCCCUCUCCUGCUCUCUCUUCAUUGUUCUCUUCCCGGCGGCGGCGGCAGCGGGCGCAGCCAGUCAAGAGGCUGUCACGGCAGGCGAAAGGGAAAAGAGCGAGGCUCUCCUCCUUUUUCCCUCGCCCAUCCGCACUUGUCUCUGCGAGCGGCGAGUAGGCUCGUGGCGCUUCCUUACGUGAGCUGCGCUUGGGUCUCCCAGGAUCUCCUCUUUAAUGUUAGGCAAGACGCAGAACCUAUCAGGAAAGGGGAAAAAAGAGUGAUAGAAGGAGAGUAGGAAGAAAAGGAGAGUUUUCCCUUUCUUGAUCCACAGGGCAGAGGGGAUUCAUUCGACUAAAAAUAAUUUUAAGAAAUAGCAUUUAUCACCAAGUGGCUAGAUAGAAGGGCUCUUCCAGCCUUCCACCCUCCUUUGCCUGCGCUAAACUCACGCCUCUUUUUUUUCAUCUACUUGGGAUCGUCCCUUGGGGGACCCAAGGAUCAUGAACUGCUGGGUAGCCGCCUGGUUCCUGUUGUGCUUGAGCCUCGAAGCCCCUUCAUUCGCCAAAGGGGAUGCAUGUGACUCCAAUCCAUGUGAAAAUGGAGGCAUCUGUGUGUCUGGUUUGGAUGGUUUCUAUACUUGCGAAUGUCCUGAUGGCAUUACAGAUUCCAAUUGUUCUGGUGUUAUGGAGGUUGGGCCAUGUCUUCCUAAUCCCUGCCAUAAUGGUGGAACAUGUGAAAUCAGUGAAGCCUACAGAGGAGACACAUUCAUAGGCUACAGCUGCAAAUGUCUUGCUGGAUUUAAUGGAAUACACUGCCAGCACAAUGUGAAUGAGUGUGAAGCUGAACCCUGCAAGAAUGAUGGUAUUUGUACAGAUCUGGUAGCUAACUAUUCCUGUGAGUGCCCAGGUGAAUUCAUGGGAAGAAAUUGCCAAUAUAAAUGCUCUGGACCAUUGGGAAUGGAAGGAGGAAUUAUUUCUAACCAACAGAUUACUGCAUCAUCUACCCAUCGGGCUCUUUUUGGGCUCCAGAAAUGGUAUCCUUAUUAUGCACGACUUAACAAGAAAGGUCUUAUAAAUGCAUGGACUGCAGCAGAAAAUGACAGAUGGCCAUGGAUUCAGAUAAAUCUACAACGAAAAAUGAGAAUCACUGGAGUUAUCACACAAGGUGCAAAGAGAAUUGGAAGCCCAGAAUACAUUAAAUCAUACAAAAUUGCAUAUAGCAAUGAUGGCAAACUAUGGACCACAUACAAAGUGAAAGGUACCACUGAAGAUAUGGUGUUCCAUGGAAAUGUGGAUAAUAAUACACCUUAUGCAAAUUCUUUCACCCCGCCAAUAAAAUCUCAGUAUCUACGAUUGUAUCCUCAAGUCUGUAGAAGGCAUUGUACUUUGCGAAUGGAACUUCUUGGCUGUGAAUUGUCAGGUUGUUCUGAACCUUUGGGAAUGAAAUCGGGACAUAUUCAGGAUUAUCAGAUCACUGCUUCCAGUAUCUUCAGAACACUCAAUAUGGAUAUGUUCACAUGGGAACCCAGGAAAGCUCGACUAGACAAACAAGGCAAAGUUAAUGCCUGGACAUCAGGGCACAGUGACCAGUCUCAGUGGCUACAGAUUGAUCUUCUUGUCCCUACAAAAGUCACUGGCAUUAUUACUCAAGGAGCUAAAGAUUUUGGUCACGUUCAGUUUGUGGGUUCCUAUAAACUCGCCUAUAGCAAUGAUGGCAAAUACUGGACCAUAUAUCAGGAUGAAAAGCAAAAAAAAGAUAAGGUUUUCCAGGGAAACUUUGACAAUGAUACUCACAGAAAGAACGUUAUUGAUCCUCCAAUCUAUGCACGGCACAUAAGGAUCCUCCCCUGGUCGUGGUAUGGCAGAAUCACUUUACGGUCAGAGCUUUUGGGCUGUACAGAAGAGGACUGAUGCCUAAAUCUGCACUUAAUAGCACAACUCUUGAUAUUUCUAUAUAUAUAUAUAUAUAUAUUAUAUAUAAAGUUCCAUAGAAGAAACUGUAAAACCUGUAGGAAGUUGAAUGGGCUUUUCAUGAAUAAGUGCUCACUUUCUGGUAGGCUGUUCUCUUUUGUAAGGAAGUCUAAGCCUGCCCUUAAAAUGGUCCAAUUCUGAUGCAUAUUCUUAUUUUUUUUCUUUUAGUCCCUUUUAAAUCUGCUCCAGUUAUUUCUCUGUUUUACUGUGAAAUUUCAAGUUCUCUUUUGAGUUGUUCUCAUUGGCUAAAAUGUGAUAAGAAAUAAAAAAAAUGUCAUCAUUUUUGCAAAGGAAAUGAACAUGGUUUUACAGAGUUCAUUAGUAAUCUGAAAACAAGCUGAUGGAAGUCAUUAUUUCCAAACCCAUGCGGUCAUCUUACUUAUUUACAAGUGAUACUGUGGCUUUAGCAAUAAGUUUUUCUCGAGAAUGACUCCAUUUGAUUCCUUCCCUUGUGCCUAUCACAUACUGUCAUGACAAAUGAUACUAUUUUUGAAAACAAAAAUCUGUGGUCUGCAGUCCUUCUGAUGUCACAUAUUACAUUUUGUAAUUUCUUUAAAAGAGCUGAGUCCACACACUUUAGAUUUCGUUUCCAGUUGUUUCACUUUUCAUUGAGUAUAAUGGAAACAUUUCAUUGUCUUUUACAUGUAAUCCCAUUAACUACUGCUGUUUAUUUAUGACCAAAGCUGAAUUUUAUAGAACAAAAUCUGUCAUUGUUAUAUCACGAAGUCUAUGAUUUUGUAAAUUAAUUCAGUUUACAGGGUUUUUUCUCCCUAAACAAUGCUGGGCUGACAAGAACAUGGACCAAAUCCUAAGCUGAUUCUCAGUAAAAGAAAGUUGCAUAAAUAACUUAAUAUGGCAUUCAUGUGCUCCUGUCUUUACUCCCUUUGGAGUUGGCUUGUUAAUCUAUGAAAGAGCUGCCCCAGCCCCUUGGGUCAAUGGGCAAGGGAGUGUGAUUUAAAAAAAAAUCUAGAAUUCAUUCCAAAAUGAACCAAUGUAUCUUAGUUCAGAAAUGCAACUUCGCUAUACCAUUAUCCAUAAGCUACAGUUCAGAGGGACAUAUACAAGCAAUGGGCUGGAUGCUCUUAUGAUCUUUAAAUGAUUGCAACCUUCAGCUGUACAAAGUUAUUUUGAGCACACAGGUUUGAUAAUAGAGCCAGGAACAGGCAAAGAUAGAAGGAAAAGCAGGAGAAAGCAGAACAGUUUUACUGAAUGCAAACAUCAGACUUAAUUUCAAAUUGAGCAUGUCUCUGGUUCUUAAGACUGUAAAGAUGCUGUAUAGCUUCUAAUAACAUCACAUCACAGAUAAUAAUGUAAUUUCAAUUAUUUUUAAAACAAAGAAUAUUUCUUUCUCUACUAAAAGAGUUUAACUGCUGUGUGUAUAGAAAUUAGGCUACUAAAAGACGACUAACUAGCCCAAGACCCCUGCUACUGGAAUUCAGCUUUCAUUUACUCUGUGACCUAGGACAAGCUGCAUUCCAUUCUGCCAGAGCUUUCUAACAGUAUGAAAGUAAUAAAGUUAUUGGGAGAGGAUUAAGGUUUUCAAACUGAUGGUCUAGAUCACAGUAGUUCAUAAUGUUACUAUCCUAUCUACCUAGCUCCUUUCUCUCUCUUCUAACACAUCAAAGGUACUUAUGUGACAAGAAUUAGCCAUAAUGCCAAUUAUCAUGCACCUUGAUUAAGAAAUAUUGCUUUCUGUACCUUGGAUAUCCUAUCUGAAAAUAUACAACUAGGAUUCAAUGCACAUCAGUCAAUGCUAGAGAGCCAUGAAUCUCUAGUUUGUGCUCAUCCUUAGCCAAACAAGAUAUGAGAUCCUGUUGCCAUGGGAAGGAGGGUACCAAGGUACUGCAAAAGGAUGGUUGAGUGGCUUCUUGUUUCCACUUAUGCCCAGCCAUAGUGAUAAUUAUAUAAAAAAAGACUGUGAGAAUUUGACAGAUGACUUAAUAAGUGGAAUUUGAAAUGAAACUCCAGUUUGUUCAGGGGGUUCUGCUAGACAGUGAUCCUGGCCAUGUUUGCAAAGCACUUUCAUUUAAACAAAGUAUUUGCUGAAUGUAUUUUUUUUUUUUACUUGAAACUCUAUAUCAGGGAUAUUCAAAUUUGGCCCUUUUAUGACUUGUGGACUUCAGCUCCCAGAAUUCCUCAGCCAGGCACACUGGUUAAGGAAUUCUGGGAGUUGAAGUCCACAAGUCAUAAAAAGACCAAGUUUGAAGACCCCUGCUCUAUAUUAAUCACCAUCUCCAUUCUUAUUUUCAUAAAAGGUAUGUGGGAUUGAUGGGUUUUUUUAGCCUCAUUAAAAUAGUUCACACUAAACAUUUUUAUUAAAUUGCAUUUCUUUUUUUUCAAAUCAUGGUAAUGUAAGCAUGGCUUCUACAACCUUGAUAUAUAUAAAAAGAGCUACUCUAUAAUUGUAAAGAGUAUAAUUAGAAAAAAGGUUAUAGCCAGCACUGGCUUCCUGCAGUGGAAUGGAUGGUGGGAUAGAUUAUUAUUUUUGAAACCAAAAUCUCUUUCCCCAUGGAAAUCUCUAGAGCACAUUUGGGAAUACAUGGGAGCAUGGGAAAAAAAACAGUAAAGGGAGACAGAUAGUAUAGCACAAGCAGAUGUAAUGUUAUAUAUAUAUCCCAAGUUCUUCACAGAUUCUCCUAAAGAUUUGCCACAAGUAGUUUGGGCUACAUAAGUUUUUAAUUUUCAGAUGAUAUUUCUUAAAAAUGUCUUUCCCAAAAAAGUGUACCCAUAAAAAAGGACUUCUGUCUAGUCUUAAAAUGAUCAGAACUCACACAUUUAAUUUGUAAGGCUUAGACAAAGAUACUCAGAGAUGUUCAGUAGGGGAAUCUAAUCAAGGUAAAGCAAGUAUCUGUAAGGAAUGCCAAGGUUCUGUGUAUGUUUAUGACUUUUGUGUAUGUGUGUUUGUUUUAGUUGGAUUUGUGCUGCAUUACAAUCCCACUAGACUGUUACUGUCUUGUCUGUAACUGUGUUAACAUUUCCUAACAAUGUUAUUUAUGGAAUUGUCUUUGAUUGUAGUGAAUAAUUUUAAAGAGAAAGUCAAUUCUGAUUGUAUUAAGGUGCAAAAGUCUGAUGGAAUAAAGGUAGUAACCAAGAUGGCAUUGAACUAUAUACAGCCCCUAUUCUGCAUUUUAGCUCUUAUGAAAAUGCUACAAAUCACAACCAAGUGAAUCUGUUCAAUUCUAAAUGCCUAUACUAGAAGUUAAAGCUGCAGCAAUAAACUUUAGCUUGUUGUAAGACUUUCAUUUUAUAGUGGAUCUAUACUUUAAAGCAGAGAUUAGCUAAAGAGUGCUGCUGAUAUGCAUUUCUUCAGCCUUUGAAAGCCACAAGGGAAAGUAACAAUUAUACUGAAAUGCCAAUCAGAGGGAAACAUUAGAUUUUAGAUCUCUUUAAAAAUUAGAUCUAUACAAGUGGGGGUAAAUUAAACUCUAUGGAAAUUUUGUAAGCCUAUAGUCUAUGCUUGCUGAGGCAAAAAAAUUAAAAAAGGUUAAAUCCACCAAAAGGAGGCUCAGCGAGAAGCUGCAAGAAUAGGGCUGGGAAUUUGCUUGUGGCAGGUUGCCCAUCCUGGUUAGCAACCUCAUUCCUUCUUUCAGUGUUAUUGGACCGAAGGUUGCACUUGUAGCCAUAGGUUCAUGCAAUGCAAAAUAAAUUAAUUUAGGUCUUGGCACUGAGAACAAAUUCAGAACCCAAUGCAGGGGUCUACAUAUGACUUUUUUUGAAAUCAGGCAGAUAAAAUCUGGAUUAACAUCCCAAGCAGGUAACCCAUGCCAACCAAAUCACUGCUAUUUUUUUAUUAUUAUGUUUUUGUGCCAGGCACAUAGCGACUGAAUUGCAGAAAUGAUACAUUUUGGCAUAUGUGGAUUCCAGAUCAACACCAUACUAAUACUAAGAUUGUCUUUGAUAGAUCAAGGUAAUAAACAUAUUUUUUACUCUGUAGAGAGUCAUAUGGAGGAAAUUUGCCUGGAUCUACCCUAUCCCUUCAAUAAGAAAUGGUUUCUAUAUUGAGUUCCAAUCUAACAAACUUCUCAUACUCCUAGCACCAUUUCAUUGCGCUGCUAGUCAUUAUAGACUUAUAAAAUGUAUUAGUGCUUUAUUUUUUUAAAAUGCAAGGAAGUGAAUAUUUAUUUGGUUCACUAUUAACAUGGGUCAUAAUUUAUAGUGCAUAAAAUGUCAUCUUCAAAUGUAGUGAUUUAUAUUUAUUGUUCUUUUUAAAAUGAUUGUGUUAUUUAUUCUUUGUUUAUUUCUGUAAACUACUUAAUUAUAUGAUUCUGAAAAGUGUCUGUUUUUAGCAAAUAUGGGCACAAUUUGUUGAAAAAUAAUUCUUGCAAGACCUACUUAAAUGAAUAAAUGGAUUACCCUGCUAUAGCUAUAUUUGUGUCCUAGUACAGCUAUAGAGAAAGUUGAUCAGAAUUAUGUUAAAUGGAAAAUGGAAGCUUUCACUGAUGCCAGUGGGAGAUUCCUUUGAAGUAAAACUGUCUGCUUCUCAUGAGUAAUCUUUAUUGGACCAAGGAAAGGAAGGAAUUAUUUUUAAAUUCCCUUAUCCUUCCAUAAUCCUGUUAAUGCUACCUUACAGCUGCUAUUUAUACAGAAAAAAGUGUAUAAAAACUGGUACACUCAUAUAAUGAAUAUAUUUAAUUUGUUAGUCAAUUAGACUUGCAAAGGAUACAUUUUCUCAGUGAAUUGUGUUCUUUGGAUCUUAAAUAAGUUGACAACUAAAUUGCACUUUUUAAUUCUAUGUGUCAUUGUUUGAAAUUUUCUACUGCUUUAGGAUGUAUUCUGUAGUAAGAAUGAAUGUGUACAUCUAUUCAUAGUUGUUCAGUAAACAACACGGGUGAAACAGCCGUCACUGAUCAAAUACCUCCAAACAAGUCAAUCCCAUCAAAUACAAAGCUUUUUCAUACAGAAACUUCACACACUCAAUUGCAAAUCAUCAGAUGUUAAUAAUUGAGUACUUGAAUAGUGUGUGAUGUACAUAUGUGUUUAAGUCAGCCCUAGGUCUAUAAACUGUAUCUUAUUAAAGAAACAGAAUUCCAUCAUGCAGUUUCACAUAUAUUACAUUUGGCUGGCUGUGUUUUAUAAACUGUUUGUGCUAAGUCAGUUCAGUAGCCAGUAUUCCAGUCCAAGAUAAAUAGCUGGUGAAUGAUAACUGCAACUUUUGGCCUAAAAUAGGACAGCAGAUUCACAAAACUAGCUAAACUAGCCUAACGUGUAUGUGCCUCACACAAAAUGGUGAAUUUAGAAUUAAGUCAUGCAAUUACACCAUAUGUAGAGUGUUUUGUACAACCUUAGUCUUAUGUGUAUUUUUUAACAUAAAUUUGCUCUGUUCAUGUGGCCUGUUUGCCCCUUCUGGUAUGAUCAUACAGUACAAAAUAUCAUUAAAUGUCUCAUCAUUUUUAAGACAUUUUGUGAUGUGAUUCAUCAAAAUAUUAGAAGAUAACAAACAUAAAAGGACAAGUAUAGACUCUCUACCUGGAAUGGGAAAACCUAUCUUUUUUCAGGAUUCAGUAAUCAUGUUGCAGGAUUUUGUACAGAUAAAUUUGUGUGCAUAUUCAGACCUUGGAUAAAUGAAACUACGAAUGGGGGAUAGCAUCCGAUCUUCCCUCUAGUUCUUCACUAUAUUCCAGAAAACAUACUGUCCGUGUAUGUGGAAGUCUGGGACUAUUGUCCCACUUCACUUGUGAUGCAAGCAAGAAAAAGAGAGAGAGAGAGAGAGAGAGAGAGAGAGAGAGAGAGAGAGAGAGAGAGAGAGAGAGAGAGAGAGAGAGAGAGAGAGAGAGAGAGAGAGAGAUUGCCCACUUUCAAUUUAUGUUAUCUGAAGCCAAUGGAAAUUUUCCAGAAGUUGGUACCUUGAGAUUCACAACUAAAUUUGAUUUAAAAUCAACAGGUUGUUUAUUUUAGAGUAACAUCUCCCAAGUCAUUUCCUUUUGAGUGACUUAUUACUUAAAAUCAAAUGUUAAGAAGAGAGUAAACUUGUUGGAACGAUAUGAUAAAAUUGUUUUUAACUUUUGUUUUAUCUUUAACAGUAAAACAGAAUAUUAUUUAAUUUCCCCUCUAUUUACCUAAAAAUGAUUUAAUUAUUUAUUUCUAGAUAGACUUCACCUUUCUAUAGCUUUCCUAAUUUGCUACUUUUAUAGCCUGAGAAUUAAAACAUAAUGCACAAGACUUAGGAUAAUCUACUUAAUUGUAUUAAGGGCUUGUCACAAAAUCAACCGCAAUGAAUAUAUCCAGUUCUGAUUUUUAGAUUGACUUUCUCUUUUGGAAUGAAGACAUACAAAUUCAUGCAGUUUUGAAGACUAAGAAUUCUAAUGAGUGUACCUGUGUGUAUACAAUUUUCAAAACUGGCUUCUUAUGUGUCAGUAAGUACAGAACUCUCUCAGAUACCUUGACAAUCUGUGUAAAGUUCCAAUGUAUUUUGUAUAUACUUAAAUUACGUAGAAUGAUGUUAAAACAGUCUAGUCUUCAACCUUAACAAUAAAACUUUUGAAAAAUAA